AUGGCUACAAAAUUAAAGAAAGGAAUGUUAGUAGUAAGGGCAUGGCUAGUGAUAUCAGAAUCAGGCGAAUCCUUUAUCGAGGAAAUAGGGAAGCAAUCGAUAAUGAAGAGAACUGGAUUGCCUGCACGAGAUUUGAGAGCAUUGGAUCCGGUGCUAUCGUAUCCGUCAUCGAUUUUGGGACGAGAUAGAGCUAUUGUUGUGAAUUUGGAACACAUUAGGGCUAUUAUUACUGCCAAGGAAGUGCUUUUGAUUAAUUUUAAUAAUCCUUUGGUGGCUCAGUUUGUUCAGGAUCUUCAACAUCGUAUUGUUUUUGAUAAUACUAAUGUCAUUCCUCCACAACAGGUGUGUGGAUUUAAGGCAACGGAUCAUAGUGGCAGUGAAAUGGAGGAGACAGCUGGGGCUACAUGGGGUUCAUCCUCAUUAAAUACACAUCAUCUUUCAGCUAAAAACUUAACCAAGAGGAGAGCUCUAACUUAUAAUUCCGUAGAUAUGAAAAAUCAGGAAAUAGAGGGUGAGGGUGCGAAUUCAACAAUAAAUGUUCCAGUAGCUGCAUGUCCCAAGGUGCUUCCUUUUGAGUUCAAAGCGCUUGAAGCUUGUCUUGAAUCUGCUUGCAGGUGCCUUGAAUCUGAGACUCGGACAUUGGAGGAAGAGGCAUAUCCUGCUUUGGAUGAGCUGACUUCUAAAAUCAGCACACUCAAUCUUGAACAUGUUAGACAGAUUAAAAGUCGUCUUGUUGCAUUAUCUGGUCGAGUUCAGAAGGUGAGGGAUGAACUUGAACAUCUGCUGGAUGAUGACAAUGAUAUGGAAGAAAUGUAUUUGACAGAAAAAGUUGCUGCUCGUGCUGUGGAUCAAAUUUCUACCACAGAGGAAGUUUAUGUUGGUAAACAUGAAGUAGAUGAUGAGAGUGUUGAUGAUCACAAGACUGGAGACUGCUCUGAAAUCAACACUAGCGUUGAGCCAGAUAUUGAGGAGUUGGAGAUGCUUUUGGAAGCAUAUUUUGCACAAACAGACGGCAUCUUACAGAAACUAUCCGAUAUGAGUGAAUAUGUGGAUGACACAGAGGACUUCAUCAACAUCAUGUUGGAUGACAAACAAAAUCAGCUGCUACAGACGGGAGUGAUCCUCAGUGCUGCAAACAUGAUACUCAAUGCAGGUAUUGUGAUUGUAGGAUUGUUUGGAAUGAACAUUCAUAUAGAACUCUUUGAUGGGAAACCAAUACAAUUCUGGGAGACUGCUCCAGCCAUCCUCAUCAAAGCACAGUGGUCUCAUGUUCUUCUUGUUCAUCAAUUGAAGGCAACAAAUGGAAGAACCCCUUGA